AUGGAGACGGCCAUCGGUGCGGCCGGUUGGCUGCUGGGCAAGGUGCUUACGAAACUGUCCGAGGACCUUGUGGCCGCGUACGUGUCCAGCAACGAGCUGGGCCUCAACUUCCCCGACAUCAAACUGAAGCUCCUCUACACACAAGGGCUGCUGCACGCAUCCGAGGGGAGGGACAUGAGCAACAACCCUGGCCUCUAUGGGUUGCUGGGGGAGCUGAGCAAGAAGGCCGAUGAGGCCGAGGACAUGCUCGAUGAGCUCCACUACUUCAUGAUCCAGGACCUGCUCGACGGCACCAAGGAGGCAGCCCCGGAACUGGGCGAUGGCGUCCGGGGCCCUGCCCUCCAUGUCCGUCAUGCUGCUCGCCACACCAUCGGUAACUGGAUUUCAUGCUUUUCUUGCUCCCGUACUCAAGAUGGUGAUUCUUCUGUUGCUGUUGUCACUAGCAACCCACAAAAUGCAACAAGGUCUGGUAGUGGCAAUGAUGGUGGGCCUGUUCAUAAGUUGUCUUUUGACAGAGUGGAUAUGUCCAAUAGAAUCAAGUCGGUAAUAGAGGAAUUGAACUCCAUGUGUGGACCUAUCUCUGUCUUGCUCCAAAUUCCAAACCACAGUAGCACUGCAACAAGCACACCUAUCAAACUCAAAAGGCCUCCCACGAGUUCAGUAGCUGCACAAGAUAAACUGUAUGGGAGGGGAGUCAUUUUUGAGAAAACUAUAAGUGCACUCACUGGUACCACAUAUCUUGCUAAAACCCUUUCUGUUCUGCCUUUUGUUGGCCCGGGGGGUAUGGGAAAGACAACCUUCACCCAACACUUGUAUAAUGAUAAAAGGGUUGAGGAGCAGUUCACUGUCAGGGUCUGGGUAUGUGUCUCAACUGAUUUUGAUGUGAUAAACCUCACACGGCAGAUCCUUGGAUGCAUACCUGCAAUUGAAAAGGAAGAACACAAAUGCAUAGUUGAAACAGCCAAUUUAGACCAGCUUCAGAAAUCCAUUGCUGAGAGACUGAAGUCCAAAAGGUUUUUAAUUGUCUUUGAUGACAUUUGGAAAUGCAAUAGUGAAAGUGAUUGGAAUAACCUAUUAGCUCCAUUUAAACAGGGGGAGAUUAAGGGAAACAUGGUUCUUGUCACGACUAGGUUUCCAUCAUUAGUACAAAUGGUGAAAACAACUGAUCCAGUAGAACUGCAUGGUUUGGAAGGUGAUGACUUUUUCAAAUUAUUUGAAGCAUGCAUAUUUGUUCAUAACAAACCUCGGCAUUAUGAAGAUGAGUUAAUUGAUGUUGCAAAGGAUAUUGCAAAGAAACUAAAGGGUUCGCCCCUAGCCGCCAAUACAGUUGGUCGUUUAUUGAGGAAAAACAUUUCCCGGGAAUAUUGGAUUGAAGUUCUUGAAAAGGAUGAGUGGCAGAAUGCAAAAAAUAAUGAUGAUAUUUUACCAUCUCUGAAAAUUAGCUACGAUUACCUUCCUUUCCUUCUAAAAAAAUGUUUUUCAUAUUGUGCCCUCUUCCCGGAAGAUUACAAGUUUUAUAAUUUACAAAUUACUAGCUUUUGGACUGCGAUAGGUAUAUUGGACUCUAGUUGCCAAUAUGAUAAGAAUUACUUAGAAGAACUAGUAGACAAUGGUUUUCUCAUGAAGGGAGUUGAUAGUUCUGGUGAGCAAUACUAUGUGAUGCAUGAUUUAUUGCAUGAAUUAUCACGGAAUGUUUCAUCACAAGAAUGUGUCAAUAUAAGGUGUUCAAGUUUUAGUGCGGACAACAUCCCACAAUCUGUUAGGCACUUAUCAAUCGCUAUAGAAGAUAUAUGCGGUGAAAGUUUUGAAGAAGAAAUGGGUAAACUGAAGGAUAGAAUAGACAUUGGCAAUUUGCGGACUUUUAUGAUUUUUGGGUCACCUAAUGCAACAAUAGCUAAUAUUUUUAAAGAUGUAUUUGAAGAAAUCAAAGGUCUUCGAAUUCUUUUUAUACAAAUUAACACUAUAGAAUCUUUGCCCAAGAACUUCUCAAAUCUUAUCCACCUCCAAUACCUUGAAAUUAGUUCGCCCCGGCCAUUAGAAGAAAUGACUUUACCAAGCACAUUAUCUAGAUUUUACCACUUGAAAUUUCUGGACCUCAAUCUCUGGUUUGGUUUUGAAAUUUUGCCCAAAGACUUUAGUCGCCUUAUAAAUUUACGCCAUUUUUUCUCUUCUAAAGAACUCCAUUCCAAUAUUCCUGAGGUUGGAAAGAUGAAGUGUUUACAUGAGCUAAAAGAGUUCAUUGUUAAGAAAGGGGGUGUCGUUGGAUUUGAAAUAAGUCAGCUGGGGGAUUUGGGAGAGCUCGGAGGAGAACUAUGCAUAUGUAAUCUUGAAACUGUGGCGUCCAAAGGAGAAGCGAGUGCGGCCAAACUGAAAAAUAAAAGAAAUCUGAAAAAGCUGACAUUAGUUUGGGCUGCAGAGCACAAGAUUGAUGAUGAUGUUCUUGAAGGUCUUGAACCACAUCCUGAUCUUAGGGUGCUUAGCAUUACGAAUGCUGGAGUUGCCACUUGUCCUAUAUGGUUGUGUGAUGACUUAAGCACAAAAAUGUUGGAGUCUCUCCAUCUAGAAGGUAUAUCUUGGGUCACUCAUCCAACUUUUGAGCAGCUACCACACCUCACCAAGCUCACAUUGAAGAGUAUUUCUGGAAUGCGUGUGUUGAGGCUUGGCUUUAGUACUGUUACAGGAAGAAGCUUCACGCACCUGAAGACACUUGAAUUGACGGACAUGCCAGAACUUGUGGAGUGGGUUGGGGAGCCUAAUAGCCAUCUGUUUUCAAGGCUUGAAAGUAUGACACUUGUAGGUUGUCGCUCUCUCUGCUCGUUUCCCUUCUUGGAGUACUCUGACCUAUUUACCAACUUGUUCAGUCUUUAUAUUGAAGGCUGCCCCAAGCUGUCUCAGUUUCCACCCAUGCCUCAUACCUCCACACUAUCAAAUAUGCAACUGAUCAAUCAUAGCUCAUCACUACGAUUGCGCAGGAAGGUCUUCUAUAUUGAUCAGUAUGAUGGUGCUUUGGCCUUCCACAAUUUGGAUGAAGUGGAGGAGAUGAGAAUUAAUGGUGGGUCACACAUUUCGUUUUCAAACCUCAAAAAUAUGUACUCCCUCAGAACUAUAUUUUUUAAAGGAUGCGAUGGCAUGUUUUCUGCAGAACUAGAUGAUAGUGUUGUUCUCCAUUCUGUUCAGAAUCUUUACAUAACUGGUUUAUGUAUUACUGGAGAAUUAUUUUCAAAUGCUUUGAAACGUUUCCCAGCUCUUUCCAAGCUUAUCUUAUCCGACUGUAAGAGCCUUGAAUUUCUGCCUGUGGAGGAUGGAGGACUUUCGUUACUCAGGAUGCUCCAAUCAUUUACGAGAUAUGCUUGUGGGAAGAUGUUCUCUUGGUGGCCCAUGGGAGAAGUAGGUGGAGGAGCCCAUGCCAUCAAGACUUUCCCUGCUUACCUCAAGGAACUUAAUAUUUACUCAGACUCAAGCUUACAGUCAAUGGGUCUGCUCUCAAACCUCACCUCUCUCACCAGCCUAAGCCUGGAUAGGUGUCAUGAAUUAACAAUGGAUGGGUUCAAUCCUCUCAUCACAGUCAACCUCAAAAAGUUGGUCAUAAUUUCUAGGCAUGAGGAACAAGUGAACAUGUCUAUAGUACCGGACCUGCUGUCAGAGAUUGCAAGGAGCAAGCUAAUGCAUGCAGGUUCAUUCCAGUUGGAAGAAUUGGAGGUGGAUAGCAUCUCGGCAGUUCUUACUGCUCCCAUCUGCAACCACCUUGCCGCAAGCCUCCACACAUUGCAGUUCAGUUAUGAUCAACGGGCGACAACCUUCACGGAAGAGCAAGAGCAAGCGCUGCAGCUCCUCACCUCCCUCCAAAAUCUAGAAUUUGCAUAUUGCGAGAACCUGCAGUCCCUCCCUCAAGGGUCACGUGGCCUUUCUUCUCUCAAGAUACUAAGGAUCGUCAGUUGUAAGAAAAUCCGAUGCCUGCCACCAAAGGAGGGCCUCCCCGCUUCACUGGAAACGCUACAAGUAUGGCAUUGUGGUCGUGAGCUAAAACUGAAAGGAAGUGACCCAUGGUUUUCUGUAGAAGUAGCAGGUACGAACAACACUUUUGAUGGUAGGUUUCUGACCAUUCCAACAUUGCAACAAUAUCAAAUGAAAAAAGAGGAAUGA